AUGGUGCAGCCUCACCUGCCUCUCCCCUCUCUCCUCUUCCUCCUCCUCCUCCCCUCCUUUCUCCCAUUGUGCACUUCUCUUCCGAACACCUUCUCCAAUGGUUCUUCUUUCUGUGGAAGCCCCCUGCCCAUGGUGGCUGCAGCAGGUCCAAUCCUACAGGAGCAGCCCUUCGUUGUGGUGUGGAACAUGCCCACAGCUCAUUGUGAGGAGCGCUACAACAUCUACCUGAACCUGAACGACUUCAACAUUGUGGAGAACCGACAACAGCGCUUCCAGGGACAGGUGACCGGGCUCUAUGGGGAAAGUUUGGUGUUACCAAUCACAUAAAGCCAGGGAAUUGUGAAUUUAAUGAAAAUCAAGAGUACUAAAUACUGUGCAAGUAUUGACAGGAAAAAAUAUGUUUAAAGUAUAUAAAGUAGAAAAUAUCCACCCAAGGGGGAGUAUCAUUGAAUUAUUAUUUAUGCAUUGAUGUGAAAGCAGAUCGAAGUGCUGAAGUGGGUUGUGUUUGGUGUAAAUGUAACCUUAUUUAACAGUAUAGUUUCUAUGCCGAUUAAUGGUUAAUUUAUCCAUCAAUACCAGAAAAAAUUAACAUUUUAAUCAGAAAACAAAUUCAAACUAAGCUCCAUACUAGAGAGCAAAAAGCAGCUGCACCCAAGCAGCAGCUUCUUGAUCAAUUGUGUCUGUUUGUAUGGUUUUAUAAUAUGAAUAAGUUGCUAUGAAGUACCUUACUGUUGUAUUUUUACUUAGAUAGCAAUUAAGCAUUCUUUUUUAUUUUAUUCGAAUUAAAGGAAAGCAGCAAAUCCAAACAUUUCAAAGCUCAAAAUAUCAACAUCAGGUUGUAUUCUAUAUUGAUCUAUGUUUCUGAUGGUAAGAAACUUUGCAAAUGGAGAUUCACAGUUAUCAUGCAUUCCAGGAGCUUCUUGUCCUUGAAGGCACCAUAGCUCUGGGACAUUGCUUAAUAUUCUCAUUUCUAAUCAAAGUAUCUUUACGUUUUGUUUGUUUGUUUGUUUGUUUGUUUGUUUGUUUUUGUUUGUUUUUUACAAUAUAUUGUAUGACUGAGGCAGAAGAGCUCAAACAAACCACAGCAACUACAGAGAUACACUGUCUCGCAUAUUUUUUAUAGCCUUACACGGUUGUGGUUGACUCCUCAGAUAGGUAUCUGGCCUUAAAAGAGACAACAUAUUUUAAACAUUCAUUGUCUUUGCUGUUCGGUGAGCCAUUGUAUCAUGGGGUAAUCAGAUAUUAGUGCAGAAAUUUGACUGCUUCUGUUAGAGAGGGUCAAUGGAAUUGCAGGCUUCGUUUUCAGUCCAGGUUAAAAUGUCCUACAUGCAAAGUUUUUGACCAUUUUCUAUGGGCAUUUUUAUCUAGAAUAUGACCAUCUUCUACCGGGAUCACCUGGGAAAGUAUCCCUACCUCUCCAGAGAUGGGAGGAGGGUGAAUGGAGGAAUACCUCAGCUUGGCAACCGGUCAGCUCAUCUUUCUCUCGCAGUGGCACAAAUAUCCAGCCUGAUGAAUCCAGACUUUAAGGGUUUGGCUGUCAUUGACUGGGAGGAGUGGCAGCCAAUAUGGGAGAGAAACUGGGGAUCCAAGAUGGAGUACCGGAGACUGUCCAAGGCGCUGGUGAAGAAGAAGAGACCUGAUUUGUCAAAGAGAGCAAGGAAAACCAUGGCAAGGUUGAAGUUUGAGAGGAGUGCUCAGAGGUUUAUGGAGGAAACGCUUCGGGUGGCUCUCAGGGAUCGACCCAAGGGUCUCUGGGGUUUUUAUGGUUUUCCUGCGUGCUAUAAUAGGCACAAGAGAAGGACGGGUAAGAGAAACACUUUAUGGAUGAAGCAAAUUGAGUGAUGGGAUGGUAGUUUGUAGAUAAGAGGAAGAUGUUUGGCCUCUUGCUGAAGUGCCUUAAGCCUUUAUGCCUUCAAAUGACCAGCAGGGGGAGACUGGUUACAGAAAAAGGUCCAAUCAGAAAAUGACCUAGUGCAUUUUUGAUUUGAAACUUCAUUUAAAUUGUCCCUAAUGAGUUUAUGGACCCAAACACUAUUAUUUAAUCUCAUUCAUUAAAUUAGGGAUAAAACAAGGUUCACUUUAGGAUGUUUCUGCCUGUGAUUGCUGCCCUUAUGGCUACCUAUAAAUCCAGAGACAUUUAUAGGUAGCAAAUUUACUUGCUGUCAAAACAUAGUCUCAUUAAUUGUUGAGAUUUCAGGUUUCAAAAGUUCACAAACCAACUGUUGAUGCCACAAUGGCUACAUCCCCAUUUAUACCAUUUAUGAUUAAUGCAAUUAUCAUGUACAAGGAGAAAUUUCUUUAGAGAUAACUUUAAUGGAGAUUGAACAAAAUAUUUUCAUUAUAAUUCAAUGAUAAAGUGUAGAGUAAAAGCUCAAAAAAUCUCUACAGGCUGUUCAAUAGUUAAUUUUUAAAAAAUACUUUUAGAACUGACAAAGCUGUUUCCUUGUUUUAUGUUUGUGUAAUCAGAUGAAAAGUACACAGGACGCUGCCACUCUGGGACCAAACAACAAAAUGACCAUUUGUCCUGGCUGUGGCAUCAGUCCACUGCUCUGUAUCCCAGUAUUUAUCUUCCACAGAGGCUGGCAGGAUCCAUGGAUGCAGCUCUGAUGGUCAGGUACAGUAAAUUGAAGCUCUCUCACAACAAAUUGCUUUAUUUAUAAAAACUGAUAGUUAAACUAAAUGUAAAAAAAGUGUUUUAACUUGUCAGUUAAUUACUGACCAAAUCAGGUAAUUUUUUUUAGCUAGAGUGAAAAUGUGUUUACCCUUACUUUGCUCUUUUUUGAAGGAUAUCAGUCUUUAUUAACUUCUUGUAACCAACACUAGCAUACAGCAGUGUCUGCUCAGCAGUGAUUCUCAGCAACAUGUGCUGCAGACAGUGCUGAGAAUGUUGUAUUAGGUUACUAUGUUGGCAAAAUAGCUUUAUUACACUGUUUUUAAAUCGCCUCAAAUAUUGUGUUCUGCAUCUCGUAUGUUUUGUAAACAGUAAUAAUGGUUGUAGACACAGGUAUAGCUGUGAAUUCAAUACUUGACAGAAGGUAAUAAGGUAACUACUGACGGGUAUUUUCUUUUAUUUCAGAUAUAGACUGCUGGAGGCCUUGAGAGUGGCAUCAGUUUGGCGCCAUGGCAACAACACUAAUCAUGCUACACCUGUUCUGCCUUAUGCCAGGCUAACAUUUGCACACACUCUCACCUUUCUAAAUAAGGUUUGUGUUGACUCAUCAAAACAUACACACUUGCUAACUCAAAUAUGCCAUUCAAAGUGUUUGCUUGUAUGUGCAGACAGACUUGGAGCACACACUGGGAGAGAGCGCAGCACUGGGGGCUGCUGGAGUGGUGCUGUGGGGAGAGAUGAAAUUUGCCAAGUCCAUGGUAUGUCAUAUGUUUGCUGGUAAGUUAUACAGCUAUGUUUGCUAGGGUUUGUGUGUAACCUUUUUUUCUUCCUUCACCAUCCAGCAUCAGUGCGUCCUGCUCAGAGACUAUGUUCACACUGUUUUGGGUCCAUUCAUCCUGUCUCUGAAGUCUGACACCCGGCGCUGCAGUCUCCAGCUUUGCCAUGGCAAUGGACGCUGCACCAGGCAGCACCCAACUUCAGGUCGCAUGCUCUUUAUAACAUCUGCCCCAAAUCAAAUGAAACACUUUAUGUGUCUUUGCUAUCCGGGCUGGACUGGACAAGAGUGCAAGGAAAAGGUGGAUACAACAAAGAAGAAUAAGUAA